AUGGAGAGAACCCUGGGCAGAUUUCUGCCGGCCCUUCUCUUCCUCAUGUUGAACACGCUUCAUGUGGACUCCAUGCAAACAGUCAGUCUGGUGGAUUCCUGUGGACAGAGCAUCAGGGCCGAUGGGAUCAUUAUCAACUCGCAUCAAGAAUCUCAAAAGGGUUAUUUUGUCACUGUUGGGACUGACUGUGAGUUCACCAUGGAGGCUAUUUCCCCCAGGGAUAAAAUUCAGUUCCAGUUCAGAUUCUUCUUGGUCUACAGUCUGCUCCGAGAGUCUUCUAUUCUUGAGCCUAUCACUGCAGUUCAAUUGCUGCAGCCCAAUGUGACAGGAUCUCUGUCCCUGCUGAGUACCCCCAGACCAGGACAAAGAGUGGGCCUGCCACUUCAGGGAGAGGAGCUUAUUGACACAUGCAAUGCUGGAUCGUAUGUACAAUUUUACGAUGGUAAGGAUAGACAUUCACCACCUAUUCGCUCCCUUCUAUGUGGGAAGAGAAUCCCCAAGCCAGUUUUAUCAACUGGGAACUACCUGACCUUAAGACUGGUCACCAGAGGUCAACAACCCCGAGUGGACUUUGUUGGAGAUUUCACAUCUUUUCAACCAGGAUUCGAGACUUCAGCAUGCAGUGAAGAGCAGUAUUUCCAAUGUCAAAAUGGAAAAUGCAUUCCCAAGAGUCUGGUCUGUGAUUCCAAAAGUAUUGAUAACUGUGGAGAUGGCAGUGAUGAAUCCGAACUUCUUCCAACAAAAUGCAAAGACAGCAAGUCCUAUGUUUCGCUGCUUGCACUCUACAUCAUCCUGGGAGUCAUUGCUGGGCUGGUCCUGCUGUUCUGGUGUUGCUGGUCACCAGGUUGGUUUAUUUGGAGGCUCAGUGUCUGCAGAUUCCUCCCGUGCUGUAACUCCUUCUGUGCAGCCUGUCAGCUCUGCACUCAUAGCUGCUGUCAGACUGACAACAGUCGACUGUCCAAGGUCACACCACAAAGCUCAGUCCCUGUACCUGUGUAG